AUGUCUAAGUCUCGAGUCGAGGGUCUGAUCUCUACAUUCCCAAAGCUUGCAGAUCCAGGCAAACAACACACAUUUGUGGAGACAGACUCUGUGAGAUAUGUGUACCAGCCCCUAGAGCGCAUGUAUGUACUUCUCAUUACGACGAAGGCAAGCAAUAUUCUUGAAGAUCUGGAAACUCUUCGGCUAUUUGCCCGUGUGAUUCCCGAAUAUGCUCGUGGUUCCGAAGCCUCAGAUAUCGUCGAAAAUGCUUUCCAAAUAAUCUUCGCUUUUGACGAGAUCGUUGCUCUUGGGUAUCGGGAAAGCGUAACCCUCAGCCAAAUUCGAACAUUUACGGAAAUGGAUUCUCAUGAAGAAAAAAUGUUUAAUGCUGUGAGAGAGAAUCAAAUGCAAGAGGCCCGUGAAUUAAGCAAGAGAAAGGCUCGUGAAUUGCACCAAGCUCGCGUGGCCGCUGCUAAACAGGGCUUGCCUCCAAGUGCUGUAUAUAACAGCUUUUCAAGUGGCAAAAUGGAUUCCUUUGGGUCUACACCAAGCAUUGAACCAGCUGUGGACGACCACUCUACCCCCUUGCUUGGGGGUCAGCAGAGCACUUUGGACCAGCCAGUUCGGCGUGGAAUGCAGCUCGGCAGUCGUGGCGGUCAUAACAAAGUUGAAAUGGAAAAGCUGACCGACAUGCUCCGUGCUGAAGGGCCUGUGGCAGACCCAGUCAUUUCACGUCAGACAACCGGAAAGAGCGACACUCAUCCCCCAGUUGCAUCCAUACAGAACCUUCACAUUCGCGUGGAGGAGAAGUUGACGGUUCUGGCUGGUCGAGACGGUGGUCUGGAAUCGAUGGAGCUCGCGGGUGUACUGCAGGUCCGAGCUGGCGACGAGGAGGCCUCAAGAGCGAGGAUUCGUGUCGACGUUAGCGAGGCCACCACCGGCAAUGCCAAGCGCCCCCCCGCCUCUAUGCAGACGCAUCCCAACCUGGAUAAGAGAGUCUUCCAGACGAGCAACUGGCUGCAGAUUAAGGCCGGCGGGAAGGUCUUCCCUAUCGACCAGGAAGUUGGUGUCCUAAGGUGGCGCCUGCAGACUCACGAGGAGACAGCCCUGCCGGUCCUCAUCAAUUGCUGGCCAAACGAGAUCAACGGUGGCUUCGAGGUGAACGUUGAAUACGAGCUGCAGGACACCUCGUUGUCACUCCAGGACUUCUGCAUUACCAUCCCUCUCCCCACCACCACUAAGCCACCAAUUGUGGGCGCUUGUGACGGCGACUACGAGGUGGACUCGCGUCGAGGUCAACUCGUGUGGACUCGUCCCCUUGUCGACACGGACAACGCCACGGGCAGUCUGGACUUCACCAUCAAAACCGACCGUGGUGCCAAGGCCGAUCUCUUUUUCCCCGUCCAGCUGAAUUUCACCUCAACUGCCUCCUAUUGUGGCGUCAAGGUAACUGAGACCACGGAUGCCGACGAAUCACCUAUCAAGUUCUCAUAUGAGGCUAAUUUCCACCCGGACCGGUACGAGGUCGCGUAA